CAGGCAGCAGUCUGAGCCGUGCGACUCCGGCUCUCUACAUAACACAACUGCUUCAGCUCUGUUUGAGGGACGGCCAAUUACGGGACGAUUUUGGGAAACACAAUCAGCUCCAUGAUGUUUGCACAAUAACGCAGAGGCCACCGUGGAGCAUGGAGCUCGUGUCAGUGCAGUACGAGUUUGAGUACACGGCGAAGGACGGUCACCUCGUGUCCAUCAAGCCUAAUGAAAGCUACAUCCUGGUCUCCAAGACCAACGACCACUGGUGGCACGUCCGCAAAGACCAGCACACCAGGCCCUUUUAUAUCCCUGCGCAGUAUGUGAAGGAGCUGCCAUCACAUACUGGAGACUCUCCUGGUGCUAAUGAGCUGGAGUCAACUGGGCGUGUGACUAACAGUAAGCCGGUGGGUACUGUAGGUGUAACACCGUGUAAAGCGACGUCUCAGGAUGCUCCAAGAGACGCACACCGGCUCUCUACUUUUGGUUCCUGCCAGAACCUGCCAGAUGUGAAGCUAUGUGAGACUCAGAAGGGAGAACAGUCCACCAGCAGUUUCGCGCCUACACAUACAGAUCACACAGAGACGCACAAUCCAGCAGGAAGCUUUUCAUUUACCUCAGCACCUGUGGAAACUGACAACCUGCAAGUGUACGCAAAACCUCAGCUUGUGGUGAAGGUUGGGAAAGGACAACAAAAGCCAAAAAUCUCGCUGCAGGAUGACAAAGUAGAACAACCACAGUUUUUUGUGGAUGAUGAGGACAUGACCUUCCCUACACCCCCUAGUUCCCCCAUAUAUGACACCAUCCCAGAGCUACACCUCCCAGAAGUUGAAACAUUUUCUAAGCUGUCUGAUCCGGUUGCUUCAAACGACACAUCAGCGUCACAGCAGCAGCGGAGUUUGAAUCAAACUGCAGAGGCCACUCCUUCUACAGAUGCACUUCCCAUUCAACAGGUGGAGAAUGAAAGUCCCAGGUCAGCCGUGUACGUCAAUGUAGCACAGCUUCGCCAGAGCAUCUCUGAGUCUCCCCCCUCGGCUCCUUUGUCCUACUCUCCUUCCUACCUUGACCCAGAGGGAUGGGAGGUGCACACUGACCAGGAAAGUGGACAGGAGUACUACUACCACCCUGCGACAGGGCGCACCACCUGGGACAAUCCCUUCCUUGACUCCCCCACGGACCCUGAGCCUUUCUCUGCAGAGGAGCCCCGCUCUCCCUCACCUCCUCAGUCGCCUGCCCUCUCUCUGUCCACCGCCUCCCCCCCUGCGUGGACCUCAGACUGGGAGCAGUUGGUGGAUGAGACCAGCGGCCGGCCCUACUUCUACAACGCAAUGUCUGGGGAGACGUCCUGGGAGCCUCCGGAGCAGCUGAGCCCGUAUCCCCCUCUCAUGGAGCCUAUGAGCGUGCACAGGUUUCACGAGGACGGGCCGCCUCCCCUACCUGAGGAGGACUACCCCUCGGGGGAUUACCCAGCUGCUGAUCAACCAGAGUCCUACGAGGAGCUCCUUGCCACGGGGCCUCCAACCCUCCCUAAAGAGUACACCCUCAGCCACGUGAGCCGGACCAUCAUCCCCAGGGCCAACCUGGACCGCAGCACCCCAGCCGGUUGGAACCUCACCGUGGAACCAAACGGGACCUGGGUGUUCACCAGUGAACACUCUCCAGACCAGUGGAUCAAGUCUAUGGAUGAUCGAGGGCAGACCUACUACUACCUGAGAGACGGCUCCAAGUCUCAGUGGAACCUGCCCGAGGCCCCUGUAGCUCUCGGUCAGUCCAGGGUGGAGAAUGGUGUUGAGGCGGAAAACGUGUCAAUCAUUAAAAACUGGAGACACACCAUGGGACCUGUUCAGCUCAGCUCAGCCCAGGAUGAUGGGAGGUUCUUCCCGACUCACAGGAGGAACACGUCCGACUACAGCAGCGACAGCUCCAGCACAGGAAACUCUCCAGAGACGCAGCAUAACGUGCAGAACUUGGAGAAAGCUGGAAUCCUCAACAAAACAAAAGUGUCUGAGAACGGCAAGAAAGUAAGGAAAAACUGGGCCCAGACAUGGACGGUUCUCCACGGAGGAGUGCUGACGUUCCACAAAGACCCGAAGUCGGCAGCGACGGGGGCCUCGAACAAGACCAAUCAGAUUGUUCCAGAGGUUGCGGUGGACCUGCGAGGUGCGACGAUUGGCUGGGCCUCAAAGGACAAAUCCAGCAAAAAGAAUGUUUUAGAGUUAAAAGGCAAGAACGGUGUGGAGUUUCUGAUACAGUACGACACAGAAAGCAUCAUCAACGACUGGCACAAAGUCUUAAUGGACACCAUACGACAACUGUCUGUUUAUCAGGAGUACCAGGACCAUCACUCAGAGGAGGAGGAUGGGGAUUUGUAUGAGAAGAUUCCCAAUACAGAGCGAGAUGACAGGUCUGCAGGUGGCAUAGACAAGCGAAGAUCCUCUAGGCCGACUAUCACACCCUCAUCCAGCUCUGCAGGAGACGCAGACCAGAAGAGGGUUCGAACCAAGCUGAUGAAGUUCCUCAUGAAACGCCCGACGCUGCAGUCCGUCAAGGAGAAAGGCUACAUCCGAGAGAAUGUGUUUGGUUGCCACCUGGGCUCACUGUGUGCACAGGAGAAGACCACAGUCCCUAGUUUUGUGGAGAGAUGUAUCAGUGCUGUAGAAAAGAGAGGCUUAGACAUUGAUGGACUCUAUAGAGUGAGUGGGAACCUCGCUGUCAUUCAGAAACUACGCUUCAAGGCCGAUCAUGAGGAACUGGACCUCGAGGACGGCCAGUGGGAGGACGUCCAUGUCAUCACCGGAGCGCUGAAGUUGUUUUUCCGAGAGCUCGCUGAGCCGCUUUUCCCAUUCAGCUACUUUAAUGGCUUCAUCUCAGCCAUCAGAAUUCCUGAUUAUAACACAAAACUGCAUCACAUGUGUGAACUGGUCAGAACACUUCCUACUCCACAUCACGAGACCAUGAAACUUCUUUUUGGGCAUUUACGCAGGGUCAUUCAGUUCGGGGAGGACAAUCGCAUGACUGUGCAGAACGUGGCAAUUGUGUUCGGCCCGACGCUGCUUCGGCCAGAGAUGGAGUCGGCCAACAUCGCGAUGCACAUGGUGUUUCAGAACCAGAUAGUUGAGUUCAUUCUCAAUGAAUAUGAGCGCAUCUUCCGCUCCAGCUAAAGCAGUCACAAGCCUCCGGUGCAGACCUGGGCAAAUGUCUAAAUGUGCUCAAGUUAUUUGAAGUGCUAGAUUUACCUUUUGCAUGCACAUAAACAGCUUCGGUGCAACACCUGAAAAUGAAACUCUUCUUGUAAGAUAAGUUGAAGGGCUUUUCAAGUUUUCUUUGCUCAGAAUAUUUGAAGUUCAACCAUUUGAAACUUUAUAGAGGACUCUUCAAAUAGUGUUUGCUGAGAAUAUUUGAAGCAUGUUUAACCAUUGUUUUGUCCAGAUUUACUCCAUAGGAGGCUCACACUCUUAGAACUAUCUUUGACAGUAUUGUAGGAUUGGAAAUUAAGCCGCACAGGUGUAGACAGGUGUGGUUUGGUUUCCCGUCUCAGAGCUAUUGAGCUUGUUUCUUGGCUGGAAGAAGGACUGUGUCAGUUUGCUCUCGCUCCGAGAUUCUAGCUGUCUUAAUCUCACAAGUCACUUUCUGGAGAUUUUAAUUGUUUAUUUUUAUUUUUGUUUUAUUUUUUUUUUGUUUCAGUUUGUCUAAAUCGCAGUUAUAAUACAACCCAAGUCAAACCCAGACGGAUGCAUUAAUUCUCUCUUUAAAAAUGAUCAACAAUUGCUUCCAUCUUUAUUUUAGAAAGUUUAAUGACUUUUAAAUGUUAUUUUGGAUUUGAAGUUAAAGUAUAUCACAUAUUGCUAUAACUCAGUUUGUAUUCUAAUAUUGCAUUUUUUGUUUUCAGUUUCAUUUUUACCCAUGGAUUUGUUUAUUGUAAUAUAGAAAUGUAUAAAAAAAAGAAAUAUUAAUACCAAUAUCUUGCUGUGAAAUAGAUGGUGACCUAGAAUCCUUGCGCAAACUAUAGGUUAUUUUCCACUGAGUUGUAAAACACAAUUUUUCAAUCAUGCUGUACAUGAAGAAACUGUAUAAUGACAACAUAGAAAUAUAAAUAAGUAAUACAUCUUUUUGGCAGUUGGCAGUAAAGUCAGAAUGAUGAAUGUAUCAGAAAAGUGGAUAAUAGAAGAGAUUUAUGUCUUGUAAAUAGAAAUAGAUGGCAUAUUUAUGCUGAACAUUGUUGACGGUGCACAAGUUAUUCAAUAAUAAAAUAACUUUGUAAAAAAGGAA